CUUUUAACAAGUUUUCGUGGGCUAAAGCACGGCAUCUGCUGUGAGCCCAGCUCCUGAACAGGGCAUCCAGCACAGCCUACAAGAUGGGCUCCAAGUGAACCAAAACUUUCUUUCGGGCGUCUCGGCCCUAAAAUAAGCGUGGACCCUUAUUAUCUAUUUUAGUUCCGUUCCCCAGCGCUGGAGUUGUGGGUUCCUUGAUAUGAGCCUUGUUGAGGGAAGCAUAUAUUAGACGUAAGAUAACUUUGUCCUGAGACCAUUUGCAUGCUCGAGUCUAACAAUCACUAAUCAUGGUUACCUCUCGUGGGAGUUUCUCCCGACCGCUGGUUUCGCUUCUGUUUUCCGUUUCUUUGUUGGCAGCAAGUGUCAACAGUUUCCCGCUCGCUGCCUCUUCUCCAAGUGGCCUGCUAGAAAGAGACCACAAGAAAUUCGAACUGAAAGUAUGGCCAGUGGGCGCGUCUAUCACCUGGGGCCAGAACUCUCAAUCUGGUAAUGGUUAUCGCAAGCCUCUUCGGGAUGAACUGGUAUCCGAUGGCUGGGAUGUGGAUAUGGUGGGCUCCAAGCACCAUGGAAACAUGUCUGAUGAUAAUGUCGAUGGCUAUCCCGGUUAUACUAUCGCCAAAGUUCAAACAGCGGCCAUCGAGGCUCUCCAAACUCUCCCAAACAAGCCCAACAUAGUCCUCAUCAACGCUGGUACAAAUGACUGCAGAUUAAAUCUCAACAUCACCGGCGCUGGUGACCGCAUGAAGGAAAUGAUUGAGGCUAUCCUGAAAGAAAAAGACAUGGAAAAGGCAACUAUCGUCUUAUCAACCCUCAUCCCAUCAAGUCAGAAAGAAGUCAAAGCCCACCGAGACGCCGUGAACGAACAAUAUCGCAAACUGGUGACCGAAAUGAGCAAGAAAGGUACCCAGAUUCGCUUAGCGGAAAUGGAAAAAGCGCUCUCGUGGCCGGAGGAUUACACUGUUGAUGGUAAACCGAAUGAUACUCAUCCCAGCGAUGCUGGCUAUGCGAAGAUGGCCAAGGUCUGGUUCGAAGCUAUCAACAAUGCGUAUCAUGAUGGUGUUAUCAAAACGACUGGUACGAUGACUAGAUCUCCUAAUACUGUGACAGAAAUUAUUAGCAUGGAGUCGACCGUGGUAGUUGGGCCUGGCGUGGAAGUUGAGGUGGAGGUGGUUACAGAGACUAUUACCGUUUCCUAG